AUGGCCUACCAGUCGCCCGAGAAUCCAGCAAACCACUCAUACAAGCGGAUUGAAUCUCAGUCGUUGCCAAAGUCGUUGAGUGAAGAGGAAAGAGUGAUCGUUCAGAACGGCGAGCCUCAGCCAAAUCUCUCAUUCGAUGGAAAGAGCACAACUACCGGCCUCGAGUACAACCGCCUCCCUGAUUCUAGUAGCUACAUACGACUUCUGAAGUUUAAAGAAGCAGGAGAUUCUUCUCCUAGUAUUGUUAGUACUAGCUGCUUCCUCCAAAUCUUCGCCUUAUCCAAAGCGCCUCCGUACAUAGCGAUCUCCUACACAUGGGGCCCUUCGACCCCGUUGAAAAACAUUGAAGUCGAUGGCUAUCAAGUGCCUGUCCGAGCAAACUGCGAGGCUGUACUGCAACAAUGUUAUCAAUACGACUCUACGGCAUUCUACUGGAUCGAUGCGAUAUGCAUAGACCAAGAGAACUUGGAGGAGAAGGGACCACAAGUCUCCAUGAUGGGAAGGCUUUAUGGCGGAGCUGAUCACGUCAUGGCGUGUACUGGGGAUCAUGAAGAUGACAGUGAGCUUCUAUAUGCGACAUUGGAAAAAAACGCUGAACUUUUUUGGGAAUUUGGGGGUUUCAGACGUUCACAUUUUGUGGAUGAAGCGUCUCCUCAAACGUUCAAUCUAUGGGCGAUCCGGAAAGGGAUGAGGUUCCUUGUACGGCUGUGCGCUGCCCUGAAUGCAUUCCUGAAGCGAGAAUACUUCCAAAGAGUUUGGAUUUAUCAGGAGCUUGCCUUGGGGGAGCAGGUAAUACUGUGCUGCGGGAAAAGCUUUCUGCCUAUUAACUUGUUCCACGGGUUGUCAAUGGGCAUCACGACUUGGCGGUCACCGUCAAAACCAUGGAAAGAACGUUGGAUCUUGAAGAUGGUGGGUCUUACAGAGCGAAUGAACGCGAUUGGCGGCUAUCCGAAAGAACACCCAUUCUUGAUUGCAGGUUCAUUUGUUAAGGAACCGUUCCUCCUCAAAACUCUAAUAGAUGAGACGACUUCUUUGAGCUGUCAAGAUCUGCGGGACAGAGUGUACGCAAUUCUUUCCCUGGUUGAUUGGAAAGGGCCAACACCUCUUCAACCAGAUUACAACAAGGACAGUUUCGAUCUAGCGGCCGAGUUUCUUUCAGCGGCGUGGAAACAGGAAGACUUUUCAAGUUUCACAUACAUAAUAACCAUCGUGAAGAACCUAGGACUUCAUCAUUGUCCAUCGGCCAAAACAACAGAAGUUAUGCAAAGGCGAAACACCGUUAAUGCUCUUUCAGAGACAGAAUCCCCCAAGGAAAUUGAAACAGCGUUACGCAGGGGUAGACCUAUUGAAGAACGGAUCUAUGUGGAGUGUGCCGGCAGUCGUAUAGAAUAUGAUGAGAAGGAGGACUUGCUGUUCGUCAAAGCGAGGAAUUACAACAAGACUUGUAUGUUUGAGCCAGGCGACGAAUUCUAUCAGUCAUCAACAUUGGCGGCCCCGCUCGAUUCCUCAACGUUCCAUGACUCUAUUGUUCUUCCCCGAGGCGCCCAGGUAGGAGACUGGAUAAUGAGUGGACCCAUCUCUGAUGGUCUUACAGUUGUUGUACGCCAGCAGGCUGAUGGACCAUAUUUUUCAAUUGUUGGCACUGGCUAUCGAAAUACCAAUGAGAUCAUGUGGUGGAGGACCAGAUUCAGAUUGUACUUGGACCCUGAGGACGCCAUCGUUGUUGCCAAUCUGGUACUUCCUUUCAAAUCUCGUGGGACUCUUGCGGAUUUGCGAGUUUUGAUGAGAACUAGAUUCUGUGGUAGUCCGGGGUCCUCAUUUGCGCAGAGGUGGAAUUGGAAAAGUGAUAUGAGGUAUUGCUAG